AUGGCUCUCACUGGUCAAACGAUGUACGGAUUGAAGUCUCUAAAGAUGCUCCAUUUGGAUAACAAUGAGUUGACCUGCAUUGAGGAUGACGUUUUUGACAGUUUGAAAGAACUGGAAAUUCUAUCGUUGAAUCAGAACAACCUCACUUCAAUUGGCUCGUACACUCUUGAAAGUUUGACAAAACUUAAGUCUCUUCGUUUGUCAGAGAAUCCUUUGGCCUGCGACUGCAGUCUUUCCUGGUUGGCACAGUAUCUGCGGACGCACACCAGACUGGCUCGUUCCACAAAGUGUGGUUCGCCUUUUUACCUCUCUGGAAAACUGGUGGCUGAGUUGUCUAAGCGCGAUUUCAAGUGUAACACAGGUUGGUUGAGACUAUCUGCGUAUUUAAAAAGCACUAACUCACCACUUGAUGCAGGUGACAUUCUCUACGACACCUUCCUUCAGAAUGAUAGCCCCUCUCGGGUUUGCUCUAUCAAGCCGCAGUGUCCAUUUGCCUGUCAGUGCCAGGACGGCGUUGUCGACUGUCGCAAUCGAAACCUCACCAAGAUUCCUGACUUUAUCCCCGAAAAUGCCACUGAACUAUCCCUGUACGACAACAACAUCCAAUCACUGGCCGAAGGUAUUUUUGACAAUAUGAUCAAUAUUCAAACACUAUCCCUGUACGACAACAACAUCCAAUCACUGGCCGAAGGUAUUUUCGACAAUAUGAUCAAUAUUCAAACACUGCAUCUGGGACGGAAUCCAUUCAUCUGCGACUGCAACCUACGCUGGCUGGCGGAGUACCUGCGCGAUCGGCCCACCCUGGAAACAUCUGACGCCCGGUGUGAGGAACCAAAACGGAACAAUCGAAAGCGAUUCGCCCAGCUGCACCCGGACAAGUUCAGGUGUAAGGGGGCGGAGGAGUUGCGCACUCGACACGCCGAUCAGUGCAUGGUCGACAAUAAGUGCCCUAAGCAGUGCGUCUGCGACGGAACCAUCGUCGACUGCUCUCGCCAGGGACUGCACUCGCUGCCCGACGACGUGCCCACCUUUGCCACCGAACUGCGUCUCAACGACAACCGCAUUGCUCGAAUUCCCAACGCAGAGUACUUCAAGCGACUGUCCAAUUUGCUUAAACUUGAUCUGCGCAAUAAUGAAAUUGCCGAAAUUGAAGAUGGCGCCCUUCAAGGAGCAGACAUGCUGCAGGAUCUACUGCUGAGUAACAACCAGAUGAAACAGAUUAGACCGAAAAUGUUUGCCGGCUUGCGCAACCUCACCACCUUGCUUUUACAAGAGAACCAAAUCACUUGCAUCACCAAUGACACUUUUUCCGAUUUAGAAGCUCUGAAAAUCUUAUCAAUCAAUGACAACCGAAUUCGGUGCAUCACUUCUGGUGCUUUUGAGAAGACCAAACAUCUCGCCCAGCUGAACUUGCUUUCCAAUCCUCUCAACUGCAACUGCCAUUUGCGUUGGAUGUCGAACUGGCUGAAGCAGCACACCGUUAUGGUUGGAAAUCCCCGCUGUCAGUCGCCCAAAGCACUGCAGAAUGUGCCCAUUGAUGACGUGGAGGCAAAUGACUUCAAAUGUGACGACUUGGAAGAGGAGGCGGAAUGUGGCCCUGACGGCCUCUGCCCAGCUCGAUGCACGUGCAUUGGCACAGUGGUUCGCUGUUCGAGGCAGAAGCUGAAAAAGUUCCCUCGUUUCAUUCCAAGCACCACCACUGAACUGUACCUGGACGUCAAUGAGAUAUCAGCCAUUCCCAAUGAGCUGACCCUUUUGCCGCAGUUGACGAAACUCGACUUGAGCAACAACAAAAUUGCCAUCCUUCCGGCUCACGUUUUUCGAAAUUUGACAAACUUGCAAUCGCUGAUUCUUAGCUACAACAAACUUCAGUGCAUCAAAACUGACGCUUUCAAAGGAUUGGAGUCACUGAAAAUGCUGUCUUUGCACGGAAAUGACAUCUCGGUAAUUCCAACUGGCUCGUUUGACAAUCUCAAAAUCACCCACCUCGCUAUUGGAGCGAAUCCUUUUUACUGUGACUGCCACAUGCGAUGGAUGGCUGAGUGGAUUCAGAAGACAUACUCAGAAAUUGGAAUCGCUCGUUGCACAGAGCCUAAGUCGAUGAGUGACAAGUUGCUCAUUUCAGCACCGCCCAACCACUUCAUUUGCCCGAAUGCUUCUGAGGCGAGAAUCUUGGCCAAAUGCAAUGUGUGCUACACCUUUCCCUGCAAAAACGGCGCCACCUGCGUUGAAAAGCCAAUGCUCGACUACAAAUGCGAAUGUGCUCCUGGUUUUCAUGGACAGCACUGCGAGAACAAGAUUGACGCCUGCUUUGGCAAUCCUUGCGACAAUGGCGGAAUCUGCAAAAUACUAGAGCACGGUCGUUUUAGUUGCCACUGUCCAAUUGGCUACAAAGGCGAUCGGUGUGAAAUUAACGUAGAUGACUGUGAAGUCAACAAAUGCGAAAACAACUCCACAUGUGUGGACGGCAUUGGCUCGUACAAAUGCGAGUGCCUGCCUGGCACCUACGGCGACUACUGCGAGAAAAAGAUUCAGUUCUGCUCAAAGGAGUUCAACCCGUGCAAGAAUGGACAGUGCGUUGAAGUGGGCGACGGAUACGAGUGCAGCUGCACUGCUGGCUGGACGGGCGCCAACUGUACGGUGAACAAGGACGACUGUGCCAUCAACAUGUGCCAGAAUGGAGGCACCUGUGUGGAUGAGGUCAAUGGGUACCGGUGUGAGUGCUCCCUCGGCUACGAUGGCCAGUUCUGUGAGAAGCUGCCCGAAGUGGACAUGCUCUAUCCGCAGACCAGCCCGUGUCAGCAUCACGACUGCAAACACGGUGUCUGUUUUCUGCCUCCCGGCUCCUCGGACUACGUCUGCAAGUGCUCCCCGGGCUAUACUGGAAAGCGGUGUGACGUCCUCUCGUCGAUCAACUUUAAGAACGGCUCCUUCCUUGAGUUUGAACCACUGAAGACGAAGCCGUCGCUGAACAUUACGCUAAAGUUUGUCACAAAGAAGCAGAAUGGAGUGCUGCUGUACUUUGGCGAGGAGCAGCACCUCGCAGUGGAGCUGUUCAAGGGGCGAAUUCGCAUCAGUCUUGACGUCGGCAACUACCCAGUGUCGACGAUGUUCUCCUACGAGACGGUCAGCGACGGCACAUAUCACCAGGUUCAGUUUCAGUUAGUCAGGAAGAACUUUACCAUGAAGGUCGACGGGGGCGUUCCGCGCACUAUUAUCAACGAGGGCGUUCGUGAGUACCUUGAAAUUCAAAACAGCUCGCUCUACGUGGGCGGAGUGCCCGAUGAGGUGGCUCAUUCGGCAGUGCGCAACUGGCACAUCUGGAACUCCACUAGUCUUGAGGGUUGCAUGCGAGAGUUCUUUAUUAACGGGAACCCACCUGAUUUGGGCAUGGCCCGAAGUCAAAACCAAGUGAACCCUGGCUGUGUAGACUUUGACGAGGUGAACCACGCUUGCAUGAAUCACAUGUGCCAAAAUGGCAAGUGCGUUCCGUCGAGGGACGGCCAGAGUUACGACUGCAAAUGCAAAGUGGGCUUCAGUGGACCAUUUUGCGAUCAAGCACCAACAUGCCAAAAGGAGAUAAAGCGCGAUUUUUACUACGAAAAGGCAUGCAGAUCAACAAAGAAGCUGAAGCUGGCCUCCUGUGUCGGCUCUUGUGGCGAUGGGUGCUGUAGGGCGCAGAAGACCAAAAAACGGUCUAUCAAGUUGGCCUGCAGUGACGGCUCCAAGUACACCAAACAGAUCGAGGUGGUUCGCAAGUGUGGGUGCAGUCGCAAAUGUUAA